CCGCGAGCCUCCUCCCCCUCCCGGAAGCGCGGGGCGGGGUCCCCGGCCGGGCCGCGGGGGCGGGCGCGGGGGCCGGGCCGGGGCGGGGCGCGCGGGGCGCUCGGCACUCGCGGGCUCGGCCGGCUGUGCGCGCCCACUCCGGCUCCAGGCGACCGGCGCGCGCGGGCCCAGGCCGCCCGGCUCCAGCGGAGCAGCAGCGGCGGCAGCUGGCGGCGAGGCCCCGCGCCCCUCGAGCCCCUCCCCGGCGCCGCGCAUGGAGACGCGGCCCGCCGCCCGCCGCUGAGCUCGCCGCCCGGCCCGGGACCCGCCGGGGCUGGGGUGGCCUCGGGCUCCGGCCGGCCGCCCCCGUCGCCCGAGGGCUGCGCGCGGCCCGCGGGCCUCGUCGCCCGCGCGGAUCGCCGCGGCCCGACCGUCCCGUCCCAGGCACUGGCCGUCCCGAGCGCCAUGGCACACUCCCCGGUGCAGUCGGGCCUGCCCGGCAUGCAGAACCUAAAAGCAGAUCCAGAAGAGCUUUUUACAAAACUGGAGAAAAUUGGAAAGGGCUCUUUUGGUGAGGUGUUCAAAGGCAUUGACAAUCGGACUCAGAAAGUGGUUGCCAUAAAAAUCAUUGAUCUGGAAGAAGCUGAAGAUGAGAUAGAGGACAUUCAACAAGAAAUCACAGUGCUGAGUCAGUGUGACAGUCCAUACGUAACCAAAUAUUAUGGAUCCUAUCUGAAGGAUACUAAAUUGUGGAUAAUAAUGGAAUAUCUUGGUGGAGGCUCUGCACUAGAUCUAUUAGAACCUGGCCCUUUAGAUGAAACUCAGAUUGCUACUAUAUUAAGAGAAAUACUGAAAGGACUUGAUUAUUUGCAUUCAGAGAAGAAAAUUCAUAGAGAUAUUAAAGCUGCCAACGUUUUGCUCUCGGAACAUGGAGAGGUGAAACUGGCCGAUUUUGGAGUGGCGGGCCAGCUGACAGAUACCCAGAUAAAGAGAAACACCUUCGUGGGCACCCCUUUCUGGAUGGCCCCCGAAGUCAUUAAACAGUCCGCCUACGACUCGAAGGCAGACAUCUGGUCCCUGGGCAUAACAGCUAUAGAACUUGCAAAAGGGGAGCCACCUCAUUCGGAGCUGCAUCCCAUGAAGGUUUUAUUCCUCAUUCCAAAGAACAACCCCCCGACGCUGGAAGGAAACUACAGCAAACCCCUCAAGGAGUUUGUGGAGGCCUGUUUGAAUAAGGAACCAAGCUUUAGACCCACUGCUAAGGAGUUACUGAAGCACAAGUUUAUAAUACGCAAUGCAAAGAAAACAUCCUACUUGACGGAGCUCAUCGACAGGUACAAGAGAUGGAAGGCCGAACAGAGCCACGAAGACUCCAGCUCCGAAGACUCAGACACGGAAACGGACACGGACGGCCAAGCAUCCGGAGGCAGCGACUCGGGGGGCUGGAACUUCCCGGACUCAGAGAAGAAUUCCCUGAGUCUUGAGAAUGGAACUCUUCAGCCAUCGGAUUUAGAAAGAGAUAAGAAGAAAGACAUCCCAAAGAGGCCUUUCUCUCAGUGUUUAUCUACAAUUAUUUUUCCUCUCUUUGCAGAGAUACUCUCUAAGUGGUGGAGGAACUUUAUCCCACUGAAAUUCCUUUGUCAUUUGGGGUUUUGUUUUUCCUUUUUUCUUCUUCAUCCUCCUCUUUCUUAAAAGUCAACGAGAGCCUUUGCUGACUCCGCUGAAGAGGCGCGCCAUCGAGGGGCUGUCCUCCCCGCCACGGGUGCCUGUCCAGGCUACACAGUCCUUCCUUGCGGGCCUUGGCCACGUGAUGUCUCCAGAUGGGGUGGGGAGGGUCAGCUCCUUCAAGCGAUCAUUUUAUUUUAUUAUUAUUCUUGUUUUUAAUUUUAACCAUAAUGCACAUAUCAAGGAAAGUGUCUUUCAAAACAAAAACAAACCCUGAAAUGUAUAUUUGGGAUUACGAUAAGGCAACUGAAGAAAUGAAACCUCAGGUAUCCUGCUUUAAGUUGAUGACUCCCCCUCCCCAGGAGCUGGAGACUCACUCUGGUGGAUCAGUGUACAGAUGUGUAUAUAGUGUCAUUUUUACGGAAACCUUUUUGGCGUGCAUAAGGAAUCACUGUGUACAAAUUGGCCAAGUGCUUCUGUAGAUAAUGUCAGUGGAGUAAAUAUUCGACAGGCCAUAACUUGAGUCUAUUGCCUUGCCUUUAUUACAUGUAAAUUUUGAAUUAUGUGACCAGUGAUUUGGGUUUUAUUUUGUAUUUUCAGGGUUUGCCAUUAAUAAUAAUUAAUGCCCCUCUUAUGGAACGCUCCUAUUUGUACCUCAACAAAUGCAAAUUUUCCUCUUGUCUGCCCAACAGCCCUUUUGGUACACUUAGAAGUUGAUUUCCUUUUUCAUUGAUGGUACUAUUUCUUAGUGUUUUAAAUUGAAACAUAUCUUGCCUCAUGAAGCUUUAAAUUAUUAUUUUAAGUUUCUCCCCAAUGAAGUGCUCUCGUCUGCCAUUUGUUUGGAAUCGUGCCACUGCCAACCCUCGCCGGCUAUACCGUCCUUUCCAGUAUGAUUUUUCUGUUGCACCUUGUAGUGAAAUCUGCAUAUCAUCUUUCCCACCUAAAAAUGUCUGAAUGCUUACACAAAUAAAUUUUAUAACACACUUAUUUUGCAUACUCUCCUUGAAACAUGACUCUUGACAGGGGAGUAUGUGUGUGUGUGUGUGUGUGGAUGAGAUGAUGAGACAUUUCAGCAGGCUCCAGGAAGAAGUGCCCACAUUCAAAACGCUGAAUGUCCAGGUCAGUUCGCUAUGCAACUUCUAAAAAAUUGGUCACUGAGAAGAUACAGUGAAUAUUGCCGAUUUGUAAAAUUGCUCUCUCUUCCCAGAGACCUCGAUUAAGGAUUGUUUUGUUUCUUAAAGAAGCCUGUGUCUGCUGGUUAGUCAGCCAGGUGUCUGUAUUUUUCUUAGCUUGUGGCAGGGCCUGACGUGCCAAGGGGGGAAAUCAUCUCUGGGUCUCUGGGAUGGGAAAUAGAGAUCCUGCAGCAAUUUUUGACUGUCUGGGUACAUGUGUUGUUCUUUUAUGUUUGUUGAUAAGAAUCAUCAGUUGUCAUCUCUUGUUGGAGUAGCAGUUCUUGAGAGGGAAGACAAAGGAUUUUUGGAAGCAAGGAAGUUACAGGGCAAACUUCAAGAUGAAAGGUCAGAUAUCUGGGCCCAUGGCCUGGAAGUUACAGGGAGAGGACAGAGGCCUGAGCCAGAGACAUUUGAGUGGGUGAGUAUUGUUUAGAUUUGUUAAUGGAGUCUAGUUUUUAAACACUAAAAUUAAAUCAUGAUUUUUUUAUUAGAAGUAGAUUUGGGUUGGAUAUUAAUUUCUGUAAGGGCUAUGUUUUGGUUAGGGGAAAUAGAACUGAAUUGCUAAUUCUUAUUGUGCAUGUCAUUCUGCAGCAAGAAUGUUAACUUGAACAAUAAAACUUAAGAAUAUUUCAUUUUGUGUUUCUAGACUAUUCAAUCAUAUGAGGGAACUGUUUAUUUCCCUCUGUGAGGCAUAAGCCAAAGAUCAGUUUGUCCAUUGUAGGAGAAGAAUCACUCAAAGAAAUGAAGCAGUGUUCCCCCAAAUGCGCUGCUUGUCUGGUUUUAAGAGAGCCAACGUAGACAGCAGCUUUCUGAUGUAGAGUUUCACAUUUGCAAAUUGACAAUGACAUCAAGACUGGAUGCUGAAGCCAAUCUCAGGAGUGGUGGUUAUGCUGAUAGGGGGACUGGACUCCAGUUAAGCAUGCUGGUGUGAAUGGUUAGUAGAUACUCUGCCAUCACUAGACUAUCAUACACAGCGCCGUCUCCAGGAUAAAGCAACAAAUUAUUCUUUUAGAGUUUAUUGGAAGCAUCUUCUGUCGAUUAAGCUUCUUGGGAAAGAUGUGGUUUGACUGGAUUUUAAAAGUGGAUUACUUCUCCCAUACAGUCUCUCCUGGUUUGUUACUUUCUGUAGACAGAAAAACUCAGCUGAUGUUUUUAAGGGCAUCUUAUUUAGCCAAGGAGGCUAGCAUUUUGUGUAUGCACUUCAAAUCUUUAUUAAAAGACAGACCAAGGUACCAGAACUACAGUGGAACUGGCCUCAGACAAUCUAAACUGCUGCUGGUGUUUCACCAGACCCGUGAGCUCAGCGUUUGAGAUGGAUUUACUAACACUAGGAAGAUUAUGGAUGCCAAACCCAGCAGUUAACAGCUUGUCCACUUAGAGACUGCAGGCACCUCAUGUGGGGGGUGGUUUCACACAGAAGCAAGCUGCCGCCUUUUGGAAACUGAGGCAGUAGGCUGACUGGCUGGCUGGGUGUUUAUGCCUUGCUGAAGUCUUCUUUUCUGUGUCCCAGCUGUCUGCACUAAGCGAGGUGGCCACCAGUGUGGUUUGGGGUACCUGGGCACCCUCACAGAGCUGGUCUCAUGAUUGUCUUGAUGUAACAAGUGCCACACCCCUUCUGAAUCCGACAGGGUUCUUCUCAAGUUGGUCCUGUGAAGUGUCUAGUUCAGUUCUUCAUGUAGCAUUUUGUACCUUUCUUUUGGCAAAACAUAUGGUCUGUUUAUAAGCAUUUUUAUAUUUCCUUCCCUAAAAAAACAGCUUCUGUAUUUCUGCUAUAAAAUAUGGCAAUAAAUGGGAGUGCUCAAGGUG